UUCUUCCUUUUCCCUUCCCUCAAAUACGUUGGAAUAUUAAUUCAAAAUAUUUAUUUUUUGUCCCUCAAAAAAAUCUUCCAAUGGAACAACAAAAACCAAUAACAAAUUUAUUUGAGGCAUUGAAACAAAUAUUUAUUGACCCUAAAUUACUUUCUCUUUAUGGGAUUACUUUUAUUGUUGCCCUUAUUUUGCCGUUUGUUAUGAGUUUUGUUUUGAGGAAGUGGAAUGACUACAAACGAGCGAAAUUAAUCAAAAAUUCAAAAUUAUUUGCAAAGAUUGAUGAAGUCGAUGAAACUGUUAAAUUACCAGAUGGAAUGACCGGAUUUUUUAAUAAGUCUUUAAUGGAAUCCUUCCGUCAAAAUGCUAAAAAUUCGGGAAUAUUAGGAGAUGAAAAUUGUCCAUUUAUUUCAAGAGAUGAUUUAGUUGUUAUUAAAGAGGAGGAUUUGGGUGAAAAUAAAAAGAAUGAAGUAAAUGAAGUUUCUAAAAAUUUAAAAAGUGAAGAAGAAAAAGAAGAAGAAAAUAUUAAUUAUUGUGAGGGGAAAGAUGAGGAGAAGAUGCCUUUAUUGGAAGAAAUUAAUAAUCCUCCAAAUAAAAAAGAGAAAAAGAAGCGUAAACAAUUUAAAGAUCCCGAUCCAGAAACAGCACAAGCAUUAAAUAAAUUAGUUGAGAAUGGAUUGCAUGGAAAACUUGCAACAGCCCAACUUCGAGUUAAAACUCAAAUGCUCGAACAGAGCAUGUCUGAAGAGGAACGAAUAAAGGAACAAGAAAUUCGCCAAAAACAAUUGGCCGAAAUUUUUCAAAUGAUGGAGGCACAGAAAGAAAAAUUUGGAAUUGAGGCAAAAGAGGAAGUGGUUGAACAAAUGAAAUUAUAUUCUCUAUGAUUUUUGUAUAUUUUUUGUCAAUCUCUGCAGCAAUUACUAUAUUUGUUUUUUUUUAAUUUUUACCUCUACUAGUCAUAAAAAUGAAUUUUUUAAUAGUCAUUUUAAAAUAAUAAAAUUAUUUAAAAUUUUCUAUACAUUCUUAAUAUUUAAUAGUA